GGAGGAACCUUUCAGUACAAUAACAAUUGUACUUUAGUCAACGAAAAAUCACCUGUACCUAUGACAGACCUGUUCCGGCACUUUUUCGAACUCGAAGACACAAAUGGAACAAUGUUAUAGUGGGGUUUGUCAAGAUAAUACCUAUCGUGUAAACACAAAUCAAACUAACACAUGGCAAGUUUAACGUUUUAAAUGUUAACUGCGAGCAAAUUACCCAAGCACACUCGGAUAUAGGCCCAGCCUAUAGCAUUUACCGGUGCCUAUCGCAUACCGCACGGCCGACAAUCUAACUUCUUUUUGUUAUGUGUUGCACCAAAGAAAAUGAGCCAAUCCCUUUGCGGCAUUGUCGUCAUGCCGCCGCCUCUAUGCAUUUUGGUGGUUUGCUGCUGAUGUUGCAGCUUUGUAUGCUCUCGCAACUUUGUCAUAGUUUUUAUUAAAAUUUGCAUUGUACUGAAGCCUUAAAUUAGGAGUACGAUACGAUGGUAGUUCCCGUUGUUGGAUAGAUAUCAAGCUGUGGGUAGCUAUCGAGCCAGCCAAUGUGGAUAUAUUUACAAAGGAACACUUAACUUGCUACCUACGCACAGCGACUGGGAAGUAAUCCAGGUGGACCGAAUUUUGCGUAUUCCAGUGGACAAACGAGGAGCCUUGAGUGUAACCAUCCGAGAUGACGGCAAAAGAAACCGUAUAGUGAAUAAUAAAAUAAUAAAUAAAACAUUUUAAAAAGUUUGUUGAAAGCUACAAACUAACGUUAUACCACAACAGUGGUAUAAAUAGCCUAGCCUACACUAAUUGUUACAUUCGAGGUGCGGAUAGCGAACGCACACACUUGUUGAAUAACGUUACUGCAAAAGGAAACUUUACUAGUUGAGUGUUUUUAGUAUGUCGGCGGGUAAAACCUUGCCCUAUUUUGAAAAGCGAACUAUUGUUAGCCAGGGCUAACUAUUCUAAAAUUAAAACUUUAACACCUGAAUGGAGAGGAUGGGAUACGUUUCCCGUUGGAAUGGAAGAUAAUAGUUAUUAAGAUAUUGUAUAUUGAUUCAUGGGAUGAGCAGUAGUGUUACUGUUCUUGUAAUGUACGUGAGCAUAUUUUAAGGCAGUAUUUUUUGGGAGAUGAAUUACAGAAACUGGUGCUUCUGAUUCCAUUUUUUUAUUCUUGAAAUGAGUGAUCGGUGUAACUUAACCGAGGCAUCCGGGGAAUUUCGGAAGUAAUAUUAUUACACCUCUCUGACUGUUUCGGUCUACGUGCACUAAUUACAUUUUGGAAGAAAAAACCAAUACAUUGACCCACAUCAUGGCAAGUGCCCUUGCCUCAAGAAUGGGUCUUAAUUCUUGGAGGAGAAAACAAGCAAAGUCGUUCAACGUAAAAAUCGUUACAAUGGAUGCAGAAAUGGAAUUCAAUUGUGAGAACAAAUGGAAAGGGAAGGACCUCUUCGACCUAGUCUGUCGGACUGUGGGCCUCAGAGAGACCUGGUUCUUCGGCCUCCUGUACAACGUGGAGGACACUGUGGCCUGGUUGAAGAUGGACAAGAAGGUCUUGCAACACGACAUCCCUAAAGAGGAGCCCAUAACCUUGCACUUCCUGGCCAAGUUCUACCCUGAGAAUGCGGAGGAGGAGCUGGUACAGGAUAUAACUCUGCACCUGUUCUUCCUGCAGGUGAAAAAGAAGAUUCUGGAAGAAGAGAUCUACUGUCCCCCCGAGGCUUCCGUCCUGCUAGCUUCCUACGCCGUGCAGGCUAAGUAUGGAGACUAUGACCACAAUGUCCAUAAGCCAGGCUUUCUGGCUCAGGAGGAACUGCUACCGAAGAGAGUGAUACACCUGUACCAGAUGACUGCGGAGAUGUGGGAGGAGAGAAUAACAGCCUGCUACGCAGAACACAGGGGGAGGAUGAGGGACGAGGCGGAGACGGAGUACUUAAAGAUAGCCCAGGACCUGGAGAUGUAUGGCAUUAACUACUUUUUCAUUCGGAACAAAAAAGGGACGGACCUCCUGCUCGGGGUGGAUGCCUUGGGCCUGCACAUAUACGAGCCUGAGAACAGGCUCACCCCCAAAAUCUCCUUCCCCUGGAACGAAAUCCGCAACAUCUCCUACAGUGACAAAGAGUUUGCCAUCAAGCCACUGGACAAAAAGACAGAUGUUUUCAAGUUUAACUCCUCAAAACUAAGAGUCAACAAGCUGAUUCUCCAGCUGUGCAUCGGGAACCAUGACCUAUUCAUGAGGAGGCGCAGGGUGGACUCCCUGGAGGUGCAGCAGAUGAAGUCCCAGGCCCGUGAGGAGAAGGCCCGCAAGCAGGUGGAGAGGCAGCGUUUGGUACGGGAGAAGCACCUGCGUGAGGAUGCAGAGAGAGCGAGGGAUGAGCUGGAGAGGAGGUUGAUGCAGCUGCAGGAUGAGGCUCAGAUGGCCAACGAUGCCCUGAUGCGCUCGGAGGAGACGGCCGACCUGUUGGCGGAGAAGGCCCAGAUCGCCGAGGAGGAGGCCAAGCUCCUGGCCCAGAAGGCAGCGGAGGCGGAGCAGGAGAUGCAGCGCAUCAAGGUCACCGCCAUCCGCAGCGAGGAGGAGAGGCGGCUGAUGGAGCAGAAGGUUCUGGAAGCCGAGAUGCUGGCCCUCAAGAUGGCCGAGGAGUCCGAGAGGAGGGCGAAGGAGGCGGAGCAGCUGAAGCAGGACCUGCAGGAGGCACGAGAGUCGGAGCGCCGGGCCAAGAGCAAGCUCCUGGAGAUCACCAGCAAGUCCGCCUACACGCCGACAAAUUUAUCAGCCAAUGCCAUGCCCCCCGACGUGCCCAACUUCAGCUUCAGUACGGAGAACCUCUCCUUCGACUUCAAAGACACGGACAUGAAGAGGCUCUCCAUGGAGAUCGAGAAAGAGAAAGUGGAGUACAUGGAGAAGAGUAAGCACCUGCAGGAGCAGCUGAACGAGCUGAAGACGGAGAUCGAGUCACUCAAACUGCGGGAGCGCGAGACGCCUCUGGACGUCCUGCACAACGAGAACACGGAGAAGGGCACCAGCAAGCAGAGCAACUUCAAAAAGCUGACCCUACAGAGCGCCAAAUCCAGGGUGGCUUUCUUCGAGGAGCUGUGAACACCUGAAAGAGACGUGUGUGUGUGUGUGUGUGUGUGUGUGUGAGCGUGGGUGUGUGUGUGUGUGUGAGAGUGAGCACGAGUGUGUGUGUGUGUGUGUGUGUGUGUGUGAGAGAGAGAGAGAGAGAGAGAGAAAGAGAGAGCAAGAAAGAUAGUGUGUGUGUGUGUGUGAGAGAGAGAGAACAAGAAAGAUAGUGUGUGUGUGUGAGAGAGAGCGAGCGUGCGAGUGUCUGUCUGUCUGUCUCUCUGUCUGUCUGUCUGUCUGUGUAUGUGCAUGCGUGCGUGUGAGUGAGUGAGUGAGUGUGCACAUUUGUGUAUGACUGACUGAAGAACAUUGCUUACAAGAAGCCUGGACUGAACUCUACUGGUCUUCUGGGAAAAUAUGGACACUCGCCACUGGAGGUGAACGCUGUCAAGUGUAAAGUUUACAUUCAGAUUGAAGGACCCUGUUACAAUCUCUCAAGAUUUCUGGAGUGCUACCCUUAAAAGGUGUUCAACUCUUUUAGCAAUGGAGUGUAACAUUCUGCUACAAACAGGCAGUGCAUUAAGCCCUUCAGGACUGAGAGUGGGUCUCUGGACCGGUACUGACAUGAAGGAGCAGUUUUUACUUUCCUGCACUGCGUCUUUCGUUAGGCUGCUGUGGGUGAAACAACGUUUUAUUAUUAUUAUUAUUAAAAAUGCAGUUAUUUUUUAUUUCUGGUGAUGUGAAGGUUUACUGAACUUGUCUAUCUUUUUCUUUGAAAGUGAUCAAUGUGAAGAGUAUUCAGAAAUAAAUUGCCUUGAUGUUUGCAUUAAAUAGUCAAAAGAU